CCAUUAUACAGGUAUAUUACAUUACAGUUCAUCAGGUAUUUACAAUAAAUGCUUCAUGUUUUUGGAGUUGUUUGAUUGAAACAGGUCUACUAAAUUAUUAUUACCACAUUAUUACCGCAUUAUCACUUUUGCCUUCAGCUGUCACAAGUUCUUAGUGGCCACUUCAAGAUUCAUGUGUAAGAGUCAUUAAAAGAGCUUUGAAUGUUUCAAAUAAUUACAUAUUUCCAACAUACAUCUUCGCAAGAAGUUUGGCCCAAUCUUUCUUGCUCCAAGACGUGCCUGCGCGCGCAGCCAUCUCCAACUCCAUGUGACGUCAUUAGACAGUAUCAUCUGUUUAUGUGGACAAAGUAGCCUGACAGAAAGUCCACUUGCUAGCUUUCGAGAUUCCUAUCAUGAUUUGAGCAACGGUUCGGAGUGUCCAGAGGGGGAAGGCAUGGCGGUGUGUGCGCUGACUGUGCUGGACGGGGUGGUUGGGGACGAGGUGACAGCGCUGGGCGGAUUGGCCCUGCUGUUGGUGGCCAUCAUCCUGGCCUGGCUGUCCACACACGUGGCCGACCGCGGGGACCACAUCCUGGGCACCAUCCUCACGGUGGGGGCCCAUGCCUCCUUCAUAGGCCUGGGGGGCCACGACGGCUAUGACGGCUACGACGGUGGCACCCCUUCCAGCACCGACGCAGAGGACCAGCCCGACACUGUGGUGCCCCCAGAGGAGAAGCCAGAAGAGGAGGCAGAGAGCAGAGCAGAGGACGGGGAGGAUGACGAGCUCCUGGACAUCCAGAGGGUGAGGAGGAAGAGGAGGAGGAGGAGGAAGGCUCAAAGGCAGAAGAAGAAUGGCGAGGAGACGGAGGGAGAAGAGGAACAAGUGGAGGAGUCGGAAGAGGGGGAGGAUGACGAUGAUGACGAAGAGGAGGAUGAGGAAGAUGGAGAUGAAUCCGAAAACAUUACAGUGCGCUUGAAGUAUCUGAAUGAUACAGAAGAGUUGGCUGUGCUGAAGCCUCAUGACACAGUGGGCCAGCUAAAAAGUAAGUAUUUCACGGGUCGCGAGCGUCAAAUCAAGCUCAUCUGGCAGGGCCAGCUGCUCCAGGACCCGCGCCGUACCCUGCUCUCCCUCAACAUCACACACAACAGCGUUCUCCACUGCCACGUGUCCCCAGCACCUGCCCAGCCCGAGGCCUCCGACGACCCAGACGAGAGCAGCAGCAGCGGCGGCGGUGCCACCCAGAGGGCCCGGCCCAACACGGGGCUCAGCGGUGGGCUACGCUCGGCCGGUCUGGCCCUCAGCUCCAGCAGCCUGGUGGUGCCGGUGUUCGUGGUGCUCCUGGCGGUGGUGUGGUACUUCCGCAUCCACUACCGCCAGCUCUUCACAGCCCCCGCUACCGUCUCCCUGGUGGGGGUCACGGUCUUCUUCAGCUUCUUCAUCUUCGGGAUGCACAGCCGGUGACAGGGGGAAGACUUUGAGUUCGGGAGAGGAGAGGAGAGGAGGGAAUGAGAUGGGAUGAUGCCUGAAAAUAUGGAUGGAAAGACUUAAAGAAUUAAAGUUUUGUGGGCUCUGGGUACUGUACUAUCACACAAUAGACCCCCCCUUCUGCUGAUCAGUGUAUUACUGUUCUGCUGUCAAAACCAUCAAACCCAUGUGUUGUCUGCAUUGCCAGACAUGUACAGUACAGUCAUACUGGGUUACGAUGACAUUUUUUACUGUGUAUUCUUCAUAUCAUCAGAGACCCAAACAUUCCCUCUCAUUUGCUGUCAUAUCUUCUUCCUUUUGGUCGCUUUUCUCCAUUGCGUUUUCUUGUUUGUUUCUUGAUACACAUUCAAGCAAUAGGUGGCAGGAAAUGCAUCACAUGUCAAACUUCUCCUUUGUUAUAGUUUCUCAAACUCCAACUGUCAACUCCUCGACUACCUUUCCCCAAAAGGAAAUUCCUUUCCGCACCACACUUCCGCAUCUCAUGCCAUGCCUUACAGUACAAGACGGUACCAAAGUGCACCCGUCAGUGGCAGAGGGCCAUGAGUAAGUGCUCACGUCCCCAGAGCCAGUGACGCCUCCUACUGUGAUUGAAUGCAUGCGUGUCUGCAUCAAUUUAAAAUGAGUUUUCUAAAGGAAAAAAAUAGGGGAAAUGGAAGUUAUGUACAUGUUAAAAAUAUGUAAGAAAAUAAAUUCUGAAGAGCAGAAAGAAAGACUGUGCGAAGCAUUGAUCUCUUUACAGAGUAUGUUAACAGUUCAUGGCCUACCUACAUCGAUUCCUGAGCCGUUUGAAAGUGAACUCUAGUACUAACCCCGACUUUAGGGAAGUACAGUAAUAUUAAACCACUUUUUGUGCAAUAAUAUGACAACGCACAAUUUAGUCUUCUGUGUCACUAUGCUACACUGAAUUAUGCUGUAGUGCAGAGAUUAAAUCUGGCAAGUUUAGUCCCCCCCCAAUAAAACAUUGAUUGUAAAAAGGAUGUGGCUAGCAAAGCACAUUUCUAUUGUGCCUCCAAAGUAUUCUUAAUCUCAUGCCAAGGACACCUUACAUUGGAGUAAACUGACUUGGUUACUGGCUUGAAAAAGUACAUGAUGGUUGUUGUUUUUCCUUAAUAAAGCCACUUUGUUUCAACUCUGAAGAUGUGUAUGACACCAUCAGUGCUGAUGGUGCAAUAUAUUUCCUUUGGCAAAACAAAUUGUAUUCUAAUGCUUAUAGUUCUAUUUACUAAUACAAAUGACAGAGACGGUGUUCUUCCGAAACAAUGUACUGUAUAUACUUAUUGUCUUCAAUAUGUUUUAGGACGUUUCUGGAUUUUGACUCUGCAGAGAUUGCAGUCUCCUGCAAAGCUGUAAAAACAUUGAAAAAGUUCUGGAUUUUCACCUUUUAUCACAGACAUCUCUCAGGACUUGCGUUCGAUGGAAGUAAAAUAAAACCUGAGUUCUUGUUAUUCCUUUUUGUCAUUACUGUCCUCUUAGGAGUAGAGAAUACAAGGUGAGACAAUGCAACCUGUUUUGCUGUGCUGCUUCUGUAUUGUAAGGCUUGAUUAAAGAGGUUUCAACUGGAA